AUGGAGGAACAAGAUAAUAAAAAAAAUAGAAAAUACAAUGAAGCGACCCUGCGAACCGCAGUCGAGAAUGUAUUAGAAAAAAAUAUGACUGUUUACCGCGCAUCUAAAGAAUUCGGUAUUCCAUGGACUACUCUCAAAGAUAAUGUUCUUCGUGCGAAAGAAGAAAAAGAUAAAGGAAUCAAAACUCAAUUUAUUAUGUCUAAAAUUGGAAGACCGUUUUCACUAACGGUUGAAAUAGAGCAAAAACUAGUUGCUUAUAUAAUUGAAAUGCAGGAGCUCGGGUUUGGCCUCACAGUGAAUCAAAUUCGAAAAAUUGCCUUUUCAUUGGCAGAGGCAAAUAAUCCUAAGCAUUGCUUUAGCUCAGACAAAGGAUUUGCUGGUUGGAACUGGUGGGUCAGUUUUAAACAACGUUAUGGCUUAUCUUUGCGAAUACCGGAGAAUUUGUCUGCUGGCCGAGCUAGUUGUUCAAAUCCUGUUAUCCUUGCUGACUUUUAUGAAAAGUUAGAGAAGACCCUGAUAGAGCACGAUUUGUUACAAUCCCCGGAUAGAAUAUGGAAUUGCGACGAGACAGGCUUAAUGUUCGUAAACAAACCUUUCAAAAUAGUAUCAAAGAUUGGCAAACAGUAUGUUUAUAACCGUACAUACGCUGAAAAAGGUACCACCACUACAGUACUAGCUGCCAUCAAUGCUUCUGGAUGUUUUCUUCCACCGAUGACGAUUUUCAAAGGGAUACGAAAUAUACCACAACUAAGUUCUGGUUCUCUUCCAAAUAGCUUGACACGACUUUCUCCAAAAGGUUGGAUCAAUGCAGAUCUGUUUUUGGAAUGGCUGGAGUUUUUCUCCAAAAACAUUCCUCCAGCAAGGCCAGUUUUGCUCAUAAUGGACUCACAUGCCAGCCACGUUUCCCCGAAUGUUUUAGCUUAUGCUCAAUCUAACAAUAUUAUAUUAUUCACAAUGCCAGCACACACAAGUCACAUCUUGCAGCCACUUGACGUCGGGGUCUUUCGGCCGCUAAAAGCAGCUUGGCGUGCUGAAUUACAAAAGCACAAAACGCAACAUCCAAGUUCAGUGCCGACACGUUUUGACUUUCAUAAAUUUUUGACUCCAGCGUAUGAAAGAAGUUUCACACCAUCAAACAUAAAAGCAGGGUUUGAAAAGACAGGUAUUUAUCCAUUAAACAGAACUACAGUGCGUCCAGAAGCAAUCGCGCCCAGCCGACUUACAGACAAACCUUUUCCCACGGAGCCAAUACAAAAAAUUCUGAUCGAAGAAGACCUUGAAGAUUCGAUCCCUAACACCAAAAUCGAAACAACUAACAGCGACCCCCUCAAUGAUUCGACAUCACAAUAA